ACUAACCCGUUUCAGUGCUCACUUUAAGUUACAACGUUGAUCCAUUUAACAUUGAAGACUUUCGGCUCUAUGGAGUUUGAUUGGUUCCACAUGUGGGCGGAGGCUGAGACUCCUGGUCUCUUGGAUCCCCAUGUGUCUACGUGCGUGUGUGCGUGUGUGUGUGCGCGCGCGCGCGCGCGCGCGUGUGUGUGUGUGUGUUUGCAGUGAUGGUUAAGUACCUUGGACAGCGCCGGGAAAGGCAGACGCACUUAAGCAAGCAGAGGGACUUUCUCUUUAAAAACCAAAUCGCAACCGCAGAACAAGCUUUCCCUCCUCCGGCUUUGUGGACUCCAUUUCGGACCUUUUUUUUCGGAUAACUCCUAUUUUCCAGUCGGGCAUAACAAAGCAGCAGAGCCGCCGCCGGAGGACCGGGAAGGGGGCUCCCCUCUCGCCCAUCCGCCCGCCUCCUGUUGCAGCUGGAGAGAUGCCCGAGGCAGAAUGUGCUCCAGCCGCAAGAUCCUGUGGAGCCUGCUCCUGCUGUCCGUGGUGGAGGUGGGACUCGGCGUGGCGAGCAUCGUCCUCGGGGCCGUUGGCAUCAGCUGGGUCCGGGGCCACCACAAGCCGCAGCAGGGCGACGCGUCCCCGGUGUGGAGCGGACUCUGUUUUCUGGUCUGUGGGAUGUGCGGAUUGCUGUGUGCUCGCAAGAGGACAGGUCUUAUUAUGAUACUGUUUUCGGCCUGCUGUAUCUGUGGUCUGAUUGGUGGGAUUCUCAACUUCCAGUUUGUCCGGGCGCUGAACAAACGACCAGACUCCAUGCACUCCAUCCAUCUGGCUGCCAUGACUUUGGCCUGUCUGGGGAUCUCCUCCUGUACCUUAUCCACGUGGCUCACCUGUCGCCUGGCGAGCUCCGAGCAGCAGAGGAUGUUCCUUGAGCGGGAACACUCGCUACACCACUCGCAUGAGAUGACCGAGAAGGAGAUCUUGGACAACUCCAGCAACGGCAUUCCUCAGAUCUCCUACAACGGACACGCCACAGCAUCACCAUGACAAAGUGCCACCGGGGGCGUCUUGCACACAUUGAAAGAUAGACAGUUCACAAAUGUCUUAUAUAGUUACUAUAUCCUGGGUGCAGAGAGCGAAGACCAGGUCUCUCGGCUUGGGACCACUUACCGCUGGAUGAAAAGAAGGACAUUUUGACAGCAAUAUGGAGGCGUUUGUGCUUCUGAAUGAUUAUGCAAACACAGGUUCAAACCUCUAAGAUAUCCAAGAUAUACUCAGACAAAUGUCGGGAUGGAGAGCUGCCUUUUGGGGCGUAAUUCAGAUGUCAAACAUCUGUGUUGAAGGAAAGUUUUUUUUCCAGCGAGAUGCCUCAAAGUAAUGAGUAAUUUCAGUUUCACUUUAUUUAGUCCCCUUGUCUAUACUUUUUGUUAUGGGUUUAUGGAAUGCAUAUCCUGAGAUAGCCUAACAUAUGUAUUACCCAAUAUUGGAAUGGUUUGAUAUGAAAUACAGUGAUGCGCAAUGUCCUGUAUUGUAUAUCCAUGCUUGUAUAUCAGGAGAAUAGCCGUACCUAUAGAGAAAAGAUAUUUUUAUAAAUGCUUCUUAUAAAAUGAAUUUAAUUAAACGUAUUAGAAAUGAAAAAAUGGC